AUGAGUCUACAGAUGAAACUCCGCAGAUACAGAAAGCCCCCGCCAGAUGGCUGGGACGAAAUCGAACCAACCCUCGAGGAAUUUGAACGCAAAAUGAGAGAAGCCGAGUCAGAACCACACGAGGGAAAGCGGAAAACAGAAACUCAAUGGCCUAUCUUUAGAGUAAGUUAAUAUAAAAUAAUUGAUUGUUGAGUUUAGAUCCAUCAUCAAAGAAGCCGCUAUAUCUACGACUUGUUCUGGAAAGAGGAGAAGAUCAGCCGCCAACUCUACCAAUUCUGCAUCGAUGCCAAACUGGUUGAUGGAAAUCUGAUGGCCAAGUGGAAGAAGAAUGGGUUCGAGAAUCUCUGCUGUCUCCGAUGUGUUCAAGUCCGGGAUACCAACUUCGGAACCAAUUGCAUUUGCCGAGUCCCCAAGAGUAAAUUGGAUGCGGACAGAGUCAUCGAAUGUGUUCAUUGUGGCUGCAGAGGGUGUUCGGGAUAA